CACUUUAUUUUGCAAGAGUUGGGUGCGCUGAUGGGUGCGCUGAGUCUGUUGACAUCAGGAACUCAGCAUCAAAUUCAGGUACCUACCACAUCGAAGCAGAAGCAAGGUGGCGAUCAGGAGAGGUCGCAUUGGCAUGCACAACAAAAUGGAUUGCGACAUUGCCGCAGAAACCGCGACAGGGAUGCAGGGAGCGCGCACAAGGAAUGGGGCGCUAUUCCUUGUUGCUUUGCUGGUUGAACCCGUCUCUUCAACCUUGAGGGGGUCCCCUGACAAGCGUGGGAGGACAAGUGGGGGGCUUGGUGCUUCCUGGCGUUUUGGCUCUCCCCGGAGGACACUACAAAUACUGUGCCACAGACUGCCUUGCAGUUGGCAUGAGCUGUACAGAUAGCAUAGAGGCCACUCCCCUUCUGGUUCCUGACAUUAGCCACCCGUGAAGAGAAAGAGUCAGCAGAGGCGCUUCAGUGCAGAUAGAAUCAACAAGUUGUCUAUCGACCUUUAACCACCGCUUAGCACUCUAAAAGGCUCUGCUAGCAACUGCAUUAGGGUUCCACCGUCGGAGGGCCGUCACAGCAAACCUGCUAGAGUGUAAGAGUCUUUUGCCAGCUCCAGUUGCUCUACACGAAUCACCGCCGAAUCCUAGAGCAAUCAGGGUGGAUCUCUUCCUUGCGUGAUUCCUUGCUAAUGACCGACACGCUAGACUUGAACAAUGCCCCUCCAUUCCCACCUCAGAAUGCUGCAGCUCUUACUCUGCAAGCUAAACAACGCGCAUCAACCAGAAACUCUGCUUCUUCAAUUCCCCAGCUAGGCCCAAGCCGGCUUUCCAUCACCAGCCUAGCAGCAAAAGGGGGGAGCGCAAAUUCUCAGUUGAGGAUGCGGGGGGGCUCGGCAAGGGGGGCGGCACACCCCCACAAACCAGGGCUAAAGCGGCUUCGGCGUUUCCUGCUGGCCUUACUGCCCUUUGCAUUUGUUCUCCACUUUGCAUUAUUGAAGUCGCAGGCACUCCCGUUCAUUGAGGGGCUACGGAAGACGGGGUUUUGGGGGGAGUGGAAGGGCGAGGAUUCGCAAG